CUGUCACCGCAUUCGGAGCAGUGUUACCUCGGUGACUGACAAAAUGGUGUACAAUUUCAAAGUGUUCAAAAAGUGUUCCCCCAACGGAAAACUUACCUUGUACCUGCCAAAGCGGGAUUUUGUUGAUCACAUAUCCUAUGUUGAGCCUAUUGAGGGAAUAGUGGUUCUGGACGAAGAGUAUGUGCGAGGACGGCGCGUAUAUGCGCAGGUGGUGUGCACUUUCCGCUACGGACGCGAGGAGGACGAGGUCAUGGGCGUGUCCUUCUACAAGGAGCUCUACCUCGCCUCCGAGCAGGUCUACCCCCCGCCUGAGAAGAGAGCCUACAGCCUAUCAAGGACACAGGAGCGUCUAGUGAAGAAGUUGGGAGAAUGGGCAGUGCCGUUCCAGCUGUCGAUGCCAGCUGGCGCGCCAGGGUCCGUGACCCUCCAACCCGGUCUGGAGGACGAGGGGGAGCCCUGCGGGGUUCACUACUACGUCAAACUCUUCGUGGGGGACACCGAGAUCGACCGGUCGCAUCGCAGGAGCACUGUAGCGCUUGGAAUACGCAAGGUGCAGUAUGCGCCAGAUAAACCCGGCCCUCAGCCCUGCACCGUAGUCCGGAAAGACUUCGUGCUAUCGCCUGGUCAACUGGAGUUGGAACUGACUUUGGAUAAACAGCUGUACAUACACGGAGAGACGGUGGCGGUGAACAUCAGCGUGCGGAACCACAGCAACAAGGUGGUGAAGAAGAUCAAGGCCAGCAUCCUGCAGGCCGUCGACGUGGUGCUGUUCCAGAACGGCCAGUACCGUAAUGUCGUCACCGGCAUUGAGACGCAAGACGGGUGUCCACUGCAGCCAGGCGCGUCGCUGCAGAAGGUGGUGCAGCUUCGGCCGUCGCUGGAGACCCUGCGAGAUCGCCGCGGCCUCGCGUUGGAUGCGCAACUCAAGCGGCAUGAGGCGUCCCUCGCAUCUACUACCCUACUUCUGGAGCCGGACCAGCGCGAUGCUUUUGGAAUAGUGGUCAGCUACAGCGUAAAGGUGAAGCUUUACUUGGGAGCGCUCAGCGGCGAGCUUAGCGCAGAACUGCCCUUCAUACUCAUGCACCCUAAGGAGGGUCGCGCCAAGCUGAUGCAGGCGGACAGUCAGGUGGACGUGGAGAUGUUCAGACAGGACACCGUGCAUCAUCAGGAGAGCGUCGAGGUCUACUAAACACGGAAAAUAAUAUCAAUAUCAGUUAAUUAUAGACUAUUUACUCGCACCUCUUGUACCAAAAAUGUAAGCGAUGAUGUUAGAAGAAAUUUGUCCACGGUCUGCCAUCUGCCUAGGAAUCAACUUCCCCGAUAGUACUUACAGUUACACGACUAAAGCAGGCCAUACACGCAAGGGUGCAUCUGACAGGUUUGCCUGAACAGGUCAACAGUUCAGGUAAACUGGAGCGUGUAUUUUACAGAACUGUGCAUGUUUUGCCCUAACUUUGCCUGGCACAGGCAAACCUGUCAGAUGGGUCCUUCCCGUUUCAUACCACUUAUUUUUCAUACCGCGGUAUGAAACAGCGAAGUACUGUUUUUGAAUUACCUGUUUCGUAACGCGGUGCUUGGAGUGGUAUGAAACGACGAAUUCUUUUUUGGUAUGGGUGGACUCGUACCAUGAGUUUUAUUAAAUA